CAAUUACACUUGGUCUCUCUCUCCAUUAUUUAACCAACACCCCAAUUUCAGUUCAGUUCAGUGUUUCACAUUCACUUUUCAGUUCCCACUCCCUUUCUCUCUCCCCAACCCAAAAAUGGCAUCAAAAUUGACCCUCAUUGCGUUGGUUCUCGCGGUGGCCCUGUGCGCCGUUGAUCUAACCCAUAGCGCAUCAGCAUCCUCCCCUCACGCGCCAGCGCCCUCCGUGGACUGCACCAACCUCGUCCUCACCAUGGCCGACUGCUUGUCCUUCGUCACCAACGGUAGCACCGUCACCAAGCCAGAGGGCACAUGCUGCUCCGGUUUGAAAUCUGUUCUCAAAACUGCUCCGGCGUGCCUCUGCGAGGCUUUCAAGAGCAGCGCUCAGUUCGGCGUCGUUUUGAAUGUCACCAAGGCCACCUCUCUCCCCGCCGCCUGCAAAGUUUCUGCUCCUUCUGCCACCAACUGUGGAUUGUCUGAAACGCCUGCUGCUGCUCCUGCUGGAGGCCUCUCUCCACAAGCUUCUCCAUCUCCUCAACAAGCAGAUGCUUCAACUAAUGGUCCUGUAAAUGAGAUAUCUCCAGCACCAGCACCAGCCCAAGGGAACACAGCAUCAGCAUUAUUCCCAAUUUCUGCUGGGUCCUUGCUUCUUGGCAUAUUGGUAGCCACAUUCUCAGGCUUCUGAGAGGAGUUUCGUUCCAUUUUAAGAGUAGAGAGAGGUGCCAUGAGGGAUUAUUAUUUUGGUGUUUUCUUACCAUUGGAGCUCCUUCUAUUCUAUGUUUGACUUUGAAGUAGAUACCAUUCAUUUUGGGAGUGACUUGAACCUAUUUAGAGGUUGUACCCGCAUUUUCAUUAUAUUAUAUAUGAGUCUAUUUAUUAUAACAAUUUGAGUCGCCAUAUUAUAUUACUACUAUUGUUUUUUUCC